UCUGGCCCCGGUCGUGUCUCGACCACCACUCUCCCCCACCCGGCCUGGCCCACUCCGGCCUUGCGCAGUUGAGGGCUCUGCCUGGCACACAGGCGGCCUCCAGAGCAGCUGAAGCCCAUGAGGGCCGCGCGCCCGGCCGCCGCUGCUGCUGCUGCUGACGAGACGGAGCUCCCUGUCCCGGAGGAGGAGCGGAGGAUCAAUGCGGUUCAACAAUCGAUUCCAGCGGUACAUGAACCAUCGAGCCCCAGCCAAUGGCCGCUAUAAACCAACUUGUUAUGAACAUGCUGCUAACUGCUACACACAUGCAUUCCUCAUUGUUCCGGCCAUUGUGGGCAGUGCCCUCCUGCAUCGGCUGUCGGACGACUGCUGGGAAAAGAUAACCGCAUGGAUUUAUGGCAUGGGCCUCUGCGCCCUCUUCAUUGUUUCUACAGUAUUUCACAUUGUGUCAUGGAAAAAGAGCCACCUAAGGACAGUGGAGCACUGCUUCCACAUGUGUGACAGAAUGGUCAUCUAUUUCUUCAUUGCUGCUUCUUAUGCUCCAUGGUUAAACCUGCGGGAACUCGGACCACUGGCAUCUCACAUGCGUUGGUUUAUCUGGCUCAUGGCAGCUGGAGGAACAAUUUAUGUAUUCCUCUACCAUGAAAAGUACAAGUUGGUUGAACUCUUUUUCUAUCUCACAAUGGGAUUUUCUCCAGCCUUGGUGGUGACAUCAAUGACUAACACCGAUGGACUUCAUGAACUUGCCUGUGGGGGCUUAAUUUAUUGCUUGGGAGUUGUGUUCUUCAAGAGUGAUGGCAUCAUUCCAUUUGCCCAUGCCAUCUGGCACCUGUUUGUGGCCACAGCAGCUGCGGUGCAUUAUUAUGCAAUUUGGAAAUACCUUUACCGAAGUCCUACGGACUUUAUGCGACACUUAUGACCAGUGUGUAGUAGGUCUCCAAGCCAGUAUUAACUCAGUGAUGGCACUUGGGAUUGGGUAAGCGCUGAAAAUUGCACAGGGAGAGGAAAAACAAGAUAACUGCACUGACUUUAAGUAUUUUGAAUCUAAUUACUGUGAAAAGUAUAUAGAAGCUGUGAUCUGGAAUUUCCCCCCUCACAGCAAACAGUAGUGAAUUAAUCAUCCAUUCCAUUCCACUAUCACGAAGGACUCUGAACAGACUUGGCCAACUGAUGUUUACAAACCUCAAUUUUGUAUUUUAAUUUUACAGAUUUUACUACAUGGUUUUUCUAAAUUACUAGGUCAGGUUGUCAAAGUCAGUGCAAUAAACAACGCUUCCUUUUUAAGAAAAACAGUUUCUUUCCAUCAUGUUCCCAUUUGCUGCAUAAAGAAUCAUGGAUGGAACUGACACUACUUUUACCAUGUUUCAUCUUGGAAUAACAUGGUUCUUUUUUAAAUAGAAACUUUUAGUUUUUUGUAAAUUUUUAAAAGCUGUUUCAUUGAAGUGCAUCUUUGCGGUUCCUCAUUCAUGUUGUGAAUUUUUGCAGCAGUCAACAUUCCACAAACAAACAUUAUACCUCUUUGGAUACUUUUAUUAAGUGUGGAGAAAUUGCCAAUUUUACAAACUGCAGUUUUCCAAACUUUUCUGCCAACCUCUGACUCUGAAUUCAGUGCUGCUUUGGACCACACACUUGACCUAGAGUUUGGUUUACCAGUGAUGGAAAAGUAUUUUGAUAUUGAUAACUUUUUCAAAAGAUCCAACUUUUCUCAAUGCCUUUGCUGUGUUGUCUUCAGGGUCUCUUACAAGAAGUGGAUGCUCUUCAUAUUAUGGUAGUGUUGUUGAGUUGGCCGUUGGCUGACAGCUCCUCACGAGCAUUAUGUGUUAACACUGAAUGGCUGCUUUGUGGGUUUGGUGCCCAACAGUCAAGCCAUUGUCAUGUAGCUUUACAUGCUGAGUUUGAUACUCAUUUUAAAUUGUGGAACUAGAUGCUAAAUUGACAUUUCUGCUUUUCCUUUGCACCUCCUAAUAGAGUGUGUGUUUUUUUUUAAUAGAAAAAUAUUUAAAGCAUUGUGUGGUUAGUAGAAAAGUGUGUGUGUAGUCCACGAGUUAUAUCCUGCCUCAGUGGAGUGGUAUUUAUAUAUUCUUUUGGGUUUUCCCAAAGUGUCUUAUAUUAAGAUUAUCAUAUCAUUUAUUUUGUUGAUUAAUCUUUCUUUCAGUAUUUUAAUAAAUGAAAUAACCUUGCCUUUAGGUUGGGUGCUGAUCUGGCCUGUUUUCUAAGAAUGGGGUUGAGCAAUGGAAUUGUCAGUUUAUGAAAGCAGAUUAAUUGAAAUUUUGUACUGAUGUAGCAUUAAAACGAGGUUUAUUUUGUGUGUGUAUAUAUAUCCAGAACUAAUUUUGGUGAAUUAUACAGGAAUGAGGAAUGUAUGAAUGGAUACUUGCUAAUGAAUUUAAGUAGGCAAGGCACCCUGUGACAACAUUAACCAGACCGCCCCUAUCUGCAUGUUUCUGAACAUCUGGAUGCCUGUAGUGUUACUGUGUAUAUAUUAUUGUUAAUAUAUUAACUUGUGUGGAGUCAUCUGAAGUCUGCUCAAAAGCAACACUGUCAAAACCACUAAAACGUGUGUGAAAAUUGUGCUGUAGACUAGAAUAAAAUUGUCACUUGGAUUUGUUCCACUGUUUCUAAAUUAAAUGACUGUGAAAAUAA